GCGAUCCCCCGUGUAAGAGUGAGGUGGAGGAGGACAUUCCAGUCCAUGUGACCACAGAAAAUCCCAGUAAUAAAUCUGAGGGAAACAUCAUGUUAUCGCUAGACUAUAAAGUAGAAGAUGAAGAUAUCAUGCAUCGCCCUUCAGGAGAAAAUCACAUUACCCUGAUUGUAUAUCCAGGACUUCCCAGUACAGAUCUAUCAUAUAAUCCUCCUAAUCAUGAGGAACCAUCUCCUGACCAAUCACAGAUUGUAACCACAAAUAUUGGGCAGAAAGGAGGUAAAAGGUAUCAGUGUGAAAAAUGCGGAAAACAGUUUACAAAAAGCUGUAAUCUAUAUACACACAGAAGAAUUCACACAGGAGAGAAGCCGUAUUCAUGUUCAACAUGUGGUAAAUGUUUUACAGGUAAAUCAGAUCUUCUUAGACAUGAGAGAAUUCACACUGGAGAGAAGCCGCAUUUAUGUUUGGAAUGUGGGAAAUGCUUUACCACUAGAUCAGAUCUUGUUAUACAUAGGAGAAUUCACACAGGAGAGAAGCCAUAUUCAUGUUCAGAGUGUGGGAAAUGCUUUACUGGCAAAUCAGGUCUUGUUAUACAUGAGAGAAUUCACACAGGAGAAAAGCCGUAUUCAUGUUCAGACUGUAGGAAAUGUUUUACAAAUAAAUCAGAUAUUGUAAAACAUCAGAGAAUUCACACAAGAGAGAAGUUGUAUUCAUGUUCAGAGUGUGGGAAAUGUUUUACAACUAAAUCAGAUCUUGUUAUACAUAAGAGAAUUCACACAGGAGAGAAGCCAUAUUCAUGUUCAGAAUGUGGGAAAUGCUUUACAGGCAAAUCGAGUCUUGUUACACAUCACAGAAUCCACACAGGAGAGAAGCUUUACUCCUGUUCAGAAUGUAGAAAAUGUUUUACAAAAAAAUCAGAUCUUAUCAGACAUGAGAGAAUUCACACAGGGGAGAAGCCGUAUUCAUGUUCAGAAUGUGGGAAAUGUUUUACAAACAAAUCAAGUCUUGUUCUACAUCAGAGAUAUCACACAGGAGAGAUGCCACAUUCAUGUUCAGAUUGUGGGAAAGGUUUUCCAUUUAAAUCAGAACUUUUACAACAUGAGAGAAUUCACACAGGAGAGAAGCCAUAUUCGUGUUCAGAAUGUGGGAAAGGUUUUACCAAGAAAUCACAUCUUAAUCAACAUAGUAGAAUUCACACAGGAGAGAAGCCAUAUUCAUGUUCAGAAUGUGGUAAAUGUUUCACAGAAAAAAAAAGUCUUUCUACACAUCAUAGACUUCACACAGGGGAAAAACCAUAUUCAUGUUCAGAAUGUGGGAAAGCUUUUACACACAAAUCAAGUCUUGUUCUACAUAAGAGAAUUCACAUAGAAGAGAAACCAUUUUGAUGUUUUGUGUAAAAAAUAAAAUGUUUUUUUGAGGAAAUCAAAAUUUAAAAUCAUCCGAGAAUUCACUCCUAGAAGAAACUGUUGAGAAUGUGGAAAUAUUAUGAGACAAAAAUAGGAUUCUUAUUUCACGAGUCCUUCUUUACGGUCAGCGCAGUGAUGAUGAAUUGUCCCCAUGAACCUUGCUUCUUCGUACAGUAUUCAUACCUCCACCCACACGGCAGGAGCAUUCAGAGGGACAUAGUGUAAGGGGAAGCACACCACUUGGAGAUUUUAUGUAACAAAUGUGGACAUAUCGAUAUUUUAUUUUACUUCAUACAGUAUGUAUAGAUAAAGUGGUGGAACAGAGCAAAACAAUAAAAAUGAUAUGAUAUUUGCAGUAAUGCUAACCAUUAACCCCUUGGUGACCCAUGGAGUACUAGUACAUCAAGAUGAUCGGACAGGCACUGGAGCAGUGCGCUCGCAAUUAAUGCAAUGGCUUGGCAGUCACUGACAGCCGGGCCUCUGCUGUAUCUGCCGGCAUCGCUGUAAACAAUUGACCCUUUUGUAUAUAGGUCAGCCCUGAACGCGGCAUACACGGUCUUGCUGAGUGUUUCGGGUCCCUGCGCUGCAGUGACAGGGACCCGAUGGUUGAGAAGGCCUUCAACGGAGCCUAUGAGAUCCAGCCUUAUUAGGCUGGGUC